GUCAAGUACCUAAGUCAAGGGCGGGAUGCCCCAGGAUUUUGUAAAAUUUUCCAGCUGGUUACUAUUUUGAUGAUUUCGUUUAUAUCCAAAAACAAAUCGCCAAGAGCCUUUUACUCUUAUCUCAGGAAGGCACUAUAUCUGGUGCGUCUGGGUACUUUUGUUAUUCACUUCCCUGACGCAACUUAAACGGGAUGUUAUGAAAACUGAUGCAAGUCCUUAAACACAGACUAGAGUAUUUUUACACUGUAUAGAGAGAGACACUAAAAAUUUCCUAUUUUAAUAGCGGGGAAGCACCGAAAGCAGCGUUUUCAAAUACUUUUAAUGUUCAUUUCUCUGACGUAACUCAAACGGGACUUUACGCAUGUCACAGUGACGCACUGACGAGACUAUUUCGUCGGGGACGUGCAACUAUGCCGUUGCCUUCUGAUAAGAUAUUCAUGGGAACUUUCUGAUCAUGAAAAGGUUAUAGUUAAUGAAAAGGUGUAAGAUUUUAAUAUUGUAUGCGUUACUAUAGUUAAUACCAAAAGGGCUCGAUUUUAGCAGAGUUUCAAGGUCGAGACUAAGAUUUUCGUAUAGCAUCAAGGAUUUUCCCCGGUUAUACUAAGAAGUCAGUUUUUGUUGGAGCAGUAAACUUAAAUAUGCAAGCUGGAAUCAAGUCAUACAGGCUGGACCGUGCUGAAAUUUAAUUUGCAGACAAAAUUUCCAAUUUUCCCCAUUUCGUUGUAGAUUGUUGAUCAAACCAUGGUGAUCUGACGGUCUCUUGAUAAUUAAAAAUACUCGUUAAUUGAGUAAAACAGCUUGACCCAGUGUGUCACGAUGUUAUUCUAGCAGUAUUAGUUUGAUGAAACCUUUUUCAAACUUUGCUUACAUAAAGUCACCAUUAGUUUAAACUGCCUUUUCACGAAAUGAAAACAUCCAGAAUAGGGAAUUAAGACAAUCAAGGGAAUUCCCUAUACCUCUCUCAGGGAAAAACUUUGUUCGUCGUUUUUAAUAACUUUUGGUAUUCAUUUCCUUGGGGUAACUCAAUCUUGAUGUCAUGGCAGUGACGCAAGUAACAAUGCACACACAAUAGCAUUAGCUCAGGUUCGUAAACUGUGGUGCAAACAGCUUCAAUUGAAAUAUCUAAGGUCAUUGUAUGAGCAGAUAAUAUUUACCGAAGAAGUUAUGAUAUGGUAGAUCUAUCAAGUGUAUCAUUCCACAGAUCACAUAACAGACAUGAUUUAAACAGAUUGAAGGUUAAGACUGAUCCUUUUCUUUUUCAGCUCUUUGGAAUUGAUCCGGCUAGAUUGCUGAAGCAGUAAACUCAGCUAUGUAAGAAAACCUUCGGGAGACCUUAUGACGUGGGCAAAAUAUAUAUUUCGAACUGACUCAAUACCAGAGUUGUAGAUUUGUAUAGUAACGUGAACGUACUGUCCUUUGAAGUCUGGAUCGUCUUUGUGAAAACGAUACCUUUAAGACUCGUUAGCCAUCUUGAGCCGUUAAAUAUGACGAUUCUUACAAAAGAUAAGCCCUUCAAUUCUGUCUCCCACUCGUAGUGUAAGUCGAAAUGGAGGUCUCUGGCAGUAAAGAGCAUGAACACAGGACAAGUAAUGCGAAUAAAGUGGAGUAACACAACCUUGCAUGAAGACACGUACUGUGUCAUAAGGUCCAAAUCGGAGUAAGACGACUAUUUCCCUACGUGACCACUCAACACAAAGAGUCAAUGAGAUAUUUCACUUUAUGAUCAUUAUUGAAGGUUGCUUCACGUAAAUAAACAACACACUCUUUUGCAAUCAGCUUAUUCUAUUGUGUUUGUUUACGAGAUGUUGAUACGCGUCACAGUGAUAUGCAUGUCAUGCAGCUCGUAAAAUUACGUACAUCCUCGAAACUGACGUCACGAAUGAGUACACGUCCACUGAAUCUAAAAAUAUAUAAAAAUGGGAGAGUAGAAGCUAUAUAUGUUGAAGUUUGUGCGUUUAUCUUCAUAUAGAAUAUUCAUUCAGUGGAAAGUUGUGGGCGCUUUACUGACUCGUUUCAUCGGCUGAACUAUGGUUGUCGCAAUCGACACAAUGGUGGAUACUGAUAUGAAAUUCGUAGACAGAGUAGACGAGAGGCUUAAUUGCCCGAUCUGUAAGAAGGUUUUCGAUGAGCCCUGGCAGACAACAUGUGGACAUCGAUUUUGUAGCGACUGUCUGGAACGUCUUUUAGGACAAGAAAACCCAAGGUGUCCGAUAGAGGGUGAAUCAAUUUCAAGACAGCAAUCUUUUAGGGAUAAAUGCUGUGAGAGAGAAGUUCUUAAUCUUCGAUGUUUCUGCCGAUUUAAUAACAAAGGAUGCGAUUGGAAAGGGGAGCUCAGAUAUCUAAAGGCACACGAAGAUAGCUGUCAGAACGGUAAUGUAAAAUGUCAAGCGUGCGGUGAAACUGUGGAGAGGAGACAGCUCACGGUGCACAGGGAGCAAGAUUGUAUCAACAGGGCAGUGGCGUGUACCUACUGUGGUGGCGAGGUUCGGCAUAGUUAUAUGAAGGAACAUUUAAAUGUGUGCCUUAAGUUUCCAAUCCAGUGCUUCUUGAACUGUGGUGAAGAGGGUAUACCAAGAGACAUGAUGGAAGAACACGUGUCCACACGUUGUCUUAAAGCUGAACAUCUAUGUCCUUUUAGUUUUCAUGGCUGUGAAUUUAAGGGCACUAAACAAACAAUCGAUCAACACGUUGCUGAGAAUAUCGAGUCUCAUCUUGAAAUAAUGAACUAUUCAAGCAAUGAAUGUAACGAGAAAUUAAAACAGAUGGAAGAGAAGAUAUAUCGUCUAGAACAAGAAAAAAGUACUUUGGAACAUCAACUACAAAAUCAAGCAGAGGUGUUGGCAGCUGCAAGACAAAAUACACAAACGCAACAGACAAAACUGUCCCACGUAGAAAACUCCAUCAUCGAACAAAAGAGGACAACUGAGAAAUUGCUCGCCGAUUUAAAGGUUUUUGUGGCAUCUAGAACCAAGGGAGAUGCUGUCUCGUCUCAGAUGGAAGAAAUAAUGAACACUCUGCGAGAACACGAGAAGGAGGUGAGCAGUCUUCAGGGUGAAGUGGCCCAUUUGAAAUUAUACCCUGCCACGCAGAAUGGUGCGAGUAACUCUUGUUCAAAAUCCGACGUGUCUCUCACUCGUGAGUCCGAGCGCCGACUGGAC